GGUUAGAGAGAGAAAGAGAGGGUUUCAAUCUCAUUCUCUUUCUCUUCUUUGCUUUGCUUUGCUUUCCAUGCAUGGAAUUCUCAUUCCAAACUAGAAACAGAGAGAGAUAUAGAGCAAAACAAGCACUAAUCUCUCUUUUUCACUGUGAAAGUUGCAAUCUUUGCUUCUCUAAAGGCUUGUGGUGUUGCCUCCCAAGUCUCCAAACCCAAAAAGGAGCCAUCUUUGAAGCAAGAAUCUGAAGGUGAAUGCAUGGAAAGCAAAGAUCUGAUUGGAUUUGAGCAUAUAUUGUGAGGUUUUUCAAGUUUGAGUUCCUUUUUUUUAGGUUUUCUUGUUUCCUUGUUUUUCUGAUCUGAGAGUGGGUGUGUGCUUGCUUUGGUUUGCUCUGUUCUUGGUCUAAUGGAGGGAGAUGGGGAGAGGGGUCAUAGAUGUAAGGUUUGUAGGAAGAGUUUCUCUACUGGGAGAUCUCUUGGAGGGCAUAUGAGGUCUCAUGUUGUGAUGAAUUCAAUGGUGGUUGCUGUUGAGAAGGAAGAGGAGAAGAAGAUUAGAAACUCUGUUGGGUUUGUUAAUGGCUAUGGAUUAAGAGAGAAUCCCAGAAAGACUAAGAGAUUCACUAUCUCUUUGAAAAAGAGAUUUGAGAAGGAGUGUGGAGAGAGUUUCAAGUCUCUGUCUGGGGAUAUGAGAUAUGUAGCUGCUGCUGCUGCUGCUGCUGCUGAUGAUGAUGAUGAGGAUCAUGGACAAGAAGAUGAAGAAGAAGAUGAACAGGAAGAAGAAGAAGAAGAAGAAGAAGAAGAGGAAGAGGGUUCUUGGAGUGUUUUAUCUGAUAAUGAAGCUACUGGAUUGGUAGUUCCUGCAAAGAAGAAGAGAUCAAGAAGGAUGUCAAUGGCAAUGGAAGCACAAGCUUCUUCAUCUUCAGCAUUGGAGCAAGAAGAGCAGGAGGAUGUAGCUGUGGCAUUGAUGAUGCUUUCUAGAGACACUGGACAUUGGAAUGUUUCUGAGUCUUCUGAUAAGAAUUCAGUUGUUGAAGAAGAACAACAACAGUUGCUGGUUUCUGAUAAUAAUUUUCGAUUCAAGAAGCAAAAGAUGAUUGUUUCUGAUGAUAAUGACAGUUCUGAGCAAUGUGAUUCAAGGAAGAGAAGCAAGUAUGAGUGUUCUACUUGUAAGAAGAGUUUUCAGUCUUAUCAAGCUCUCGGAGGUCACAGGGCGGCGCAUAAACGAUAUCCCAGAGGUUGUCUUGGAUUGAGGAUUGAUGAGAAUGGGAUUGAGAACAACAUAAACAGUGAUGCUUCUAUGGAUGUUUUGGAUACUAAGAAGGGUAAGAGCCAUGAAUGCUUGAUUUGUGGUAAGUGUUUUUCUUCAGGGCAGGCUUUGGGAGGCCAUAAGAGGUCUCAUUUGGCUUUGAGCAACAUCGAUGCCGGCAGCAGUGAUCAGAAUGCUGUGAUUCCUGACUUGAUUGCGAGCAGCAUCGAUAGCCGAGGUGAUCAAAAUGCUGUGAUUCCUGACUUGAUUGAUCUGAAUCUUCCAGCUCCUGUUGAUGAUGAAUCAAAGUUCAAGAAUUGGUGGAACUGUGGCACUGCAGUUGGCAUGAUCUCUAAUUGAUUGAUCUUUUGAAGUUCAUGAGUAGAAUUCUCAAAACUCUAGGUUCUUAGUUUUGUCUUUCUUUCUUUCUUCAUUGGAAUAAGUUCUAUGAGGAGAAUUCAGUAUGUUUGAACUGAUUCUGUUCUAGUUUUUUACUUGAGUUGAAUUCUCUGAUUAGUUUUCAGUAAUUCUGCAGUAUGAGUAGAAACAGUGUCUGUAAUUUGAGCUGAUUGAAGUCUCAAAAAGAUGCAAGCUCAUACUGAUUUUGUUCCUGUUUUUGUUGUUCCUUUUUUAGUUCACUGAUUAACUCCCUGCA